AUGGAGAAAGCUUUGAGAAUCUACGCAGAGGUUCUGAGAUUGGUGAGGCGGUUGCCGGAGGACACGAGGCCUUACUACGCCAAGUACGCGCGCGAAAACUUCGUGAAUUACAGAGAGGUCGAGGCCGGCGAUGACCAAGCCCUCCACGAGCUCUUCCACAGGGCAUACAAGCAUUCGCUCUGGGUCCUCAACAAGUACUCUGUGGAUGAAUCUGCGGCGGACAAGUUGAAGAAGAUCUGCUCCGCUUAG